AUGGCUACUGGAGAGGGGGACACGCUUCCAGAUGAAGAGCUCAAGAACGAGGCAAUUAAAGGAACCGUUAUUUGUGAUGCCUGUAGUCUUGCAGAAGAAGGAGAAACUGACAUCCAGGACAACUUCUGUCAGAGUACAUAUGCAAUCAAGAUGCGCCUGGGAAGUGUGUCAACUGUUGGAGGAGACCGCCAGCUGGUGCCCACGCCACGCAGUCGAAUCCUGAGGUGGGCAGGAGGAGGUGCAGAGAAGGCAGAAGGGACUGGUGGUGCAAUGGCCCACAGUGCAUUAUGGCUCCAGGAGGGCAGCAGCUGUAUAUGCCCUGGUUUGGACACAGAGAUGUCAGGCACAGCAGGAAACGGCAAAGAUGGAGGGCAGAGCACUGAAGCUGAGAGUGCUGCUGUUCAGGGCUGGUAUCUUGUUCUGGCUAAAGCAGAAGAGGGGAGAAUUUGGAGAGAUAUUUCUACUGGCCUGAGCAGAGAGGAAAGAGCCUAUGAAUAUGUUUUAACACACGCCACACCUGGAGACCCGGACAGCAUUCUUGAGGCCUUUGAUACAUGGUGUACCAAAGUGGAGUUUAUCAGCAACAUUGGACCAAAGAAAGGGAAGAUCUUAGACCGUCUUAUGGUGGAGCAGAGUCCCCUGACAGUGCUGGAGCUGGGGACUCAUUGUGGCUACAGCACAGUGCGGAUGGCCAGAUUCCUGUCACUGGGAGCCAGAAUUUACAGUGUUGAGAUGGAUCAGAGGAAUGCUGCCAUUGCAGAGAAAAUAAUUCGUUUAGCAGGUUUAGAUGAUGACACGGUGGAGUUAAUUGUGAGUCCUUCUGAUGAAGUAAUCCCUCGAUUGCGAUCUGACUAUGGAUUGGAAAGACUGGAUUUAGUUUUCUUGGAUCAUUGGAAAAAAUGUUACCUCCCAGAUCUGCAGGUGAACAAAUGA